UAGGAACCCACGCACCGCUCAUAGAGUGUGUGGAUCGGCUCCUAUCGACGGUGUUAUAAGUAACUGGGAAGAGCCCCCUUCGCAAACCUUUUUUUGUGUGGAGUUGUGACAUGGCUUGCAUGCGCAUUGAACGGUUUGCGGUUGAUUCCAAGUAGGCUACAGUAUAAAUUUAGACCGCAUCAUUCCGUGACAUCUUCUUCCGAGAGAGGGCUGGAAUCUCAGUGCCCUGCUGUUAUCAGCCCUGGACGGAGGAGCCUCUGUAACUGAGCCAGGCUGCUCAUUGACCCUCCCCACGCACCCACCCGUUUCGCGAGGACCCGACCUGUUGCUGGUUGGCUGUUGUUCUGCCUGCUUCGACUCUCAUGCACCUACGGACACCCACGUACAGAGUGUGAAAGUGUAGCAGCCAUGACGGACGCAGUGAUGGGCGGUAGCUCAGACCGCUGGGUACCCAACGACAGGCAGAGGAACAUGCAUGCCAAUGAUAAGGAACAGGGUAACUGGACCAACCAGGCUGUUCCUGGUCCCUGUGGCCCGGACCUAACUGAUGAGGAGAAGGAGAUCAUUAAUGGUGUGAUCGCCCGCGCUGAGAAAAUGGAGGCCAUGGAGCAGGAGAGAAUUGGGCGUCUGGUGAACCGCCUGGACGACAUGAAGAAGACAGUGUGUGGAGACGGGGUGAACCGCUGUCUGUUGUGUGGGGAACAGCUGGGGGUGCCAGGAGUCAGCUCAGUGGUGUGUGAGGACUGUAAAAAGCACAUGUGCACCAAGUGUGGAGUCCAGAGUGGCAGCCGGCCGCGCGCCGUCUGGCUCUGUAAGAUCUGCAGUGAACAGCGGGAGGUGUGGAAGAGAUCUGGUGCCUGGUUCUUUAAAGGUUUUCCCAAGCAGUUCCUGCCCUCACCCAUGCCCAUCUCCAGAGGGUCAAGCAAUCAAGAGGCCUCUGAGCCCAGGGCUUCAGCUGGUCAGGCCCGGCCACAGGCCAGAGGACCAGAGGCACAGGGCCGUGCUGGCAAACCACAUGUGGCCCAUAAGCCAGUGGAGGCUAGCAUGGUAACUGGCGGGGGUGGGCCUGGCUACACUGAGGGAGGUGCCCAGGACAGCCCAGUGUUGGCGCAGAAGGCCGCUCCAGUCCAGAGUUCCAGGAUGCCUCAAGCAGCGGCGGCCCAGCAGGAGAUAGAUGGAGGUGGCCACUCCGCUACCGCUGCUCCGAUGGAGGAGAGAGCACCUCCUGCAGCGCGGGAGGAGAGGAGACAGCCCGCCGCCUACAGCUCUCCUGCCCGUCAACAAGCACCCCCUCCCGAGGAGGAGGAGGAUGCUAACAGCUAUGACUCGGAUGAGGCCACCACUCUUGGUGCACUGGAGUUCAGCUUGCUUUACGAGCAGGAGAACAACAGCCUCCACUGCAGCAUCCUGAAAGCCAAGGGACUGAAGCCCAUGGACUCCAAUGGACUGGCAGAUCCCUACGUCAAACUGCAUCUGCUGCCAGGAGCCAGUAAGUCCAACAAGCUACGAACCAAGACCCUGAGAAACACCCGUAACCCUGUGUGGAAUGAGACUCUGGUCUAUCACGGACUUACAGACGAGGACAUGCAGCGCAAGACUCUAAGGAUCUCAGUGUGUGAUGAGGACAAAUUUGGACAUAAUGAGUUUAUUGGAGAAACCCGUGUCGCUCUAAAGAAACUGAAAAUCAACCAGAAGAAAAACUUCAACGUUUGUCUAGAGAGAGUUGUCCCCACGAAGAAGACUGCGACAGCUGGAGCUGCUCGAGGCAUUUCGCUCUACGAGGACGAGGUUGGGAAGGAGGGUGGCGAUGUGGAGGAGCGUGGUCGUAUCCUGAUCUCCCUGAUGUACAGCACCCCUCAGAACCGCCUGAUCGUGGGGGUGGUUCGCUGCGUUCACUUGGCUGCCAUGGACGCCAACGGAUACUCUGACCCAUUUGUGGAAAUAUGCCUGAAACCUGAUAUGGGGAAGAAGGCCAAGAACAAAACAAAUAUCAAGAAGAAGACCCUAAACCCAGAGUAUAACGAGGAAUUUAGCUAUGACAUCAAACACAGCGACCUGGCUAAGAAGACCCUGGACAUCUCAGUGUGGGACUAUGACAUUGGGAAAUCCAAUGAUUAUAUUGGUGGUUGCCAGCUUGGAAUCACAGCCAAAGGGGAGCGGCUGAAGCACUGGUACGAGUGCCUGAAGAACAAAGACAAGAAGAUAGAGCGCUGGCACACUCUGUUAGCAACUAACUCUAACAGCAACUAACCUUUGCCCUGCAUGAGCUGCCCCCCCCCUCACACCUUUUAUUCAACCCCCUCUCUCUCCUCUCAGUGUCUGCCCCCCUACACAAAAAAAAGAAAAGCAUUGUUGUGUUUUUAUUGUACUUCCAGGUAGUCUUUUUCCCUGCGUUAUUUCCUGCCCUCAACCUCACAUGCACCUUUCCCAUACUCCCUUGUUGUCCCAGGUGUUGGCUUUCUCAUAUAUUUCCCAAUUUUCUGAGACGUGUCUGUCAAGGGGACAUGCCUGAAGGCUAAACAGAGUAUACUUUAAAAUUUCUCUUCAAAAUCAAUGGAGGGAUUUAAUUUAAGGCAAAAAUACAGAAGACACAUUUGAUGUUCGACAUUGCAGUAUACAGUUGCAUUGAGAAGAUCAUGCUUGUUAAUGUACUGUAUAUAAACUUGACUCUUAAGUAAAUAUUUAAAAUGCACUAGUACAAAAGACAAUGACGCAAUGGGUAAUGGCAUUCUAUGUGGUAACUAUGAAGACAAGUUGUUCAUAAAUCUUAAUUUAUUGUAAAAUACCCCAUGCAGUACGACUUGUAGGAGCAUGCAGAACCACAUGAAAAAACACACAGCUGCACUUCUAAAAGUAACUAGUUCAUUUGAUAUCAUAUUAUGUAAUUCUCACAAAGAAGGUUUACAUGUUGAUAAACUGAGGAUAAAAAUAAUCUGGACUAUGGGAAAGGACAUGAUUCACAUAUCAACUGACUAGCAUUUUGUUUGGAGACUAUCUUUAUCGUUUUUCGUCAUAACACUCCUGGUUGAAGGGAAUGGGAUCACUCUCUGUACGGUUUUCACGUUUAUUCCUUAUUUGUAUUUGUGGAGGUGACUUAAAAUGGUUAAAAUUGUGACUUUUUAUGAGAAUGUUUGCACUGAAAAGUUGACCGUCUGCUUCAGUUCUUUGUUUAUGGUGACAAGAGAGAGGAGACAGGAAAACAUAAUACUUUCCUGGCUAGUAGGUUUACACGGUUUACACUGGCAGUUUACUGAGGUUUUCUACUGGCUGACAUUUUCUACAUUGAAUGCAUAUGAUCAGAUUUUUCACUGACUCUUAAAGCCUGCUACACCUUAGACACACUAAAUAAAAUAACACAGUUAAGGCUAUAUCCUAGGUAAAUGUGCUGCUCAACUUGAAUGCACUGUGCUUGUGACCCUAGUGUUUUCUCUGCCUGGACCAAGCACACAUCUGUACCCUCUGCCCCUUCAUAUGCACCUAAUUUACCCACACUGGGCCCAUCCCCUUUCUUCCCCAUCUUCUUCUGCAGCUCCAAACACAAAAAGCUUUGACAUGUGGCUGUUGAUCAAUUACCGUAAAUCAAGGAAAGCACACCGUAACAAUGGAAUGACCUCAAUUUAUACAGCUGUUUGCAAGUUUCUCAACAACAACAAAAAAAAACACUAUGCAUGAGAUGUCUUGUGGUUCAUGAUAUAUACAUUGAUUUAAAAAUAUAUAUAUAAUUCUAUUACAAUUUUAUUACUUGCGUCUCUAACCAUUAUUCCAAAGACUGUCUUUAAACACUGAGGCCACAGAUACAUAUAUUAUUUAAUGUUGAAAAUAUCAAGACCUCUAUUGUUCUCAUUAGGCUACCAAUAUAUUAUAAAUUAUUCGAUCUACCAGGCUAUUUUGGAGCAUCUUUAGAUUGACAUUUUGACAGGGGUGAGAGUACAGCUACGACCCCGUACACAUUGCUCAGAUGAUGCUCACAGGGCUGAUUAUUAUGAGUGAGCAGUUCAGAACAUUAACAAAAUCUCUGCAACCAGUUCCUGAAGGAAAAAACUACUGGAGAUUAAUCUCAUACACUGAGUUAUGCAUUUUCACCAAGUGCUCUGCCUCCUUUGAAUGGUAAAACCAGGGGCUCCUUAGGGUCUUGAGAGCCUCUGAACUUUAUCGUCUUGCUGCCCUCACAUGGCCACAAUUUCAACAUGACUUUGUUGCCUGUUUUACUGAUUUACUGAUCCUACAGUACUGCUGUAGCCUACCUGUUUUGUUUUGUAACCUUUAUUGGUUUAUAUCUUCUAUUCUGGAUAGCGAUCUGUAAGUCUGUAGAAGAUAUAACUUUAUUUCUCCAUUUUGUUCUGCCAACUGUAUUGUUUUUAUUAUUUAAAUGUAAAUAUGUAGUGCAUGCACUGGAAAUUAAAUGCAUAUAAAUAUCUAUGUAUGUUUGCAAAUGAGUUUGCAUGGAAAGAUUUUACAUGAGUUAGGUUUACACAGAUGAAUAAAAGCUAAGGAAAACCGCAAAACUA